GGGCUGGGCUUUCAUCAGUUCCUCAGAAAACAGAGUCUGAGCUAGCUAAAGGAGAUGACAUCUGUUUUCUCCUUUAAUGUACUUAUUCCCACUGUCCGACGACUUUUUCCUAUCCAUCCUCGAAGAAGGUCCCUCUGCCUACUAGAAAGAAUCCUGGCUUGGAGCCCCUGUGGUUGCAGCGGUCUAGGCAGCAACCUAAGUGGUUUUUUUGUUUGUUUUUAAUCUUUGUUUUGUUUUGACUGUUUCUUUAGUUAGCUUUUAUGAAGAAAUCUGAUGCAAAGAACAAUUUUUGCUUUGUUUUGUUUUCUUUUGCGUCUUUGCCUGAGGAGCAGUGCCAAGUCCUGAUGCAAUCAACCUGUAAAUUCUUUUUCCAGUUCCAUUCCACCAUGGUCCACUGCCUCACCCAAUGAUUUGCUUGCAAGUCAUCUCCUUGUUCCAAGAGUGAGCAAAGUACCAAAUCAUGAGACCCAGCAAAUCUGCAGAAGGCCCUGAGACUUUCAAUUGUCUGUUUCAGACCCGGUACAGAAUAUGAUCCUCCUACUGCUAAUUUUGUGCCUGGGAAUGCAGCUUCAUCAGACAGCAGCUUUAUUCACAGUGACGGUCCCUAAGGAACUGUAUGUGGUAGACUACGGCAGCAAUGUGACCCUGGAGUGUGAUUUUGACACUGGAGAUCGUGCGGAAUUUGGACAUGUAGAAGCCAGUUUGCAAAAGGUGGAAGACAAUAUGCCCGCCAACAGUAUUACUGUGCUGGAGGAGAAGCUGCCCCUGGGAAAGGCCUUAUUCCACUUCCCCCGAGUCCAAGUGAGGGAUGCAGGGCAGUACCGCUGCGUGAUGGUCUAUAGGAGCGCCUGGGACUACAAGUACGUGACUCUAAAAGUCAAAGCUUCCUACACGAAAAUAAACACUAGCAUCCUUAAGUUCCCAGGGACAGAUGAGGUAGAGCUCACCUGCCAAGCUGAAGGCUAUCCCCUGGCAGAAGUGUCCUGGCCAAAUAUCAAUGUUUCUGCCAACACAAGCCACAUGAAGACCUCCGAAGACCUCUACCGGGUCACUAGCAUUCUGCGCCUCAAGCCACACCCUGGCAGAAACUUCAGCUGUGAGUUCUGGAAUGCUGAUGUAAAGGAACUGACUUCAGCCAUCAUUGACCCUGCAGGUGAGAUGGAACCCAAGAUCCCUCCGACUUCGCUGCUUCAUAUUCUCAUCCCUUUAUUUGUCAUUGCUUUAGUGUUCACAGCUACGAUAUUCCUAAAAAAACAACUCUGUCAAAAGCUUUCUACAAAAGACAGAACAAAAAAGAUCACCACAAUCAGGCAAGAAAUGGACAGAGCUGUUUGAACCUGUGGUCUCAGGAGCUUAGAUGACCUGAUGGGACAUCCUCAAGAAGCUUCUGGGCUCUGGAAAAGAAUCCCUUGGCCUGCAGAACUUGUUUGUACCUUCUAAAUGCCUUUGUACAGCCAGCACUUUAAUCUGAAGACUACAACAAGACUAGGCAGCACGGGCCGAGAGGAAGUCAGUCUUCUCACCCUUCAUCGAUCCAAGCCCUCACCUCUGCAGCCUGUGGCUCUGAGCAAGCACCACUGCACUUUAGAAAAUGUCCACAUUGGAUCCUGGACCCCAGUGCAUGUUCUGAGGCUCCUUCAUGCUGUCAGACUGAAAACAAAGGGAAUUAUUCCCCCUAAAUUUCCAAAGAACUUUCCAGAAGCAGAGAUGAGUGGAAAUUUCCAUAUAUGGAAAUGGAUAGAUUGUCAAUAGAGUUAAUUUUAUCUAUAGUUUCCUCUGGGUCCUGGAAAAACCUAUUGAGACUGUCAGAUCACAGACAGGGCUUUAUAUCCAAAGUUAAGCCAUAAUUGAUAUGUUUUAUGGCUUACUGGGAUCUUGAAAGCAGUUGAGUUUUUCUAAUUAACAGAAAGCAUUUAAGGACACAGAAUGGCUAACUACAAAUUAUGGAGAAAAGUCACUGAGUAAUUUGGUGAGACCUAAAUCUCAAAGCAUUUGUUUUACCUGUAAUGGCACCAUGUUGAAUGGUGGUUUUGUUGCUAUGG